AUGUACACAAAAGCUUUAGUGUUGAAAUAAAGACCUGAUAAUACAUUCCCAUAAAAUAUGGAAUUUUUUGAGGUCAAAGAAAUCCCUAUUCCUAAAUUAAAUUAAGGAGAAAUCUUAAUAAGAGUAUAGUUUAAGUUGAAUUCAAGGUUUUAUAUAUAGGAGUUGAUCCAGUUAUGAGAGUUUGGCUUUCUGGAGCUAAAACAUAUAUUGAUAGUGUAUAAAUAGGUUAAGUAAUGCCAGCUUUUGGAGUCGGAGUGAUAGUAGAGACAAAAUAAGCUAAAUGGGAUAUAGGUAAAUGAGAAUUGCUAGAUUUAAGGGUAAUUAGUAUCAGGUGUAUUAGAGUGUGCUAACCUAUGUAGAAGAUAUACAAAAUCUUUAUUUAAAGUUCCACUUUUUUAAGUUGGAGAUCCAAAUAUUCCAUUAUUGUUAUCUGUUUAUGGAGUGACUGGAUUGACAGCUUUAAAUGGGAUGAAACUCAUUCCAGAGGAUCAUAUACCUACUUACAAAAUAUAGAAGACUUUUUGUGUAUCUAGUGCAGCAGGCUCUACAGGAUCUAUAGCACUUUAGAUUGCUAGGCAUAUGGGGUUUAAGACUAUUGGUAUUGUUAGUGGUAGAGAAAAGAGAGACUUUGUCUUAAGUUUAGGUGCAAAUCAAUGCAUAUCCUAUAAUAAUUUCAAAGAAAAUGAUGAAAUAAUUGUGGAGUAUUAAAUAGAAUUAAAAUAAGUAAAUUGACUUAAGAAAUUCAAAAAGUGGCUCCACAAGGCAUUGAUGUUUAUUUUGAUAAUGCAGGAGAAGAAGUUCUAGAUGCUGUAUUACCAGGAAUGGCUAAGGAAGGAUUAAUCUUGCUUUGUGGAGCUACCGCUACAUACAAUGCUUGGAGGAAUAGAAGUGGAUUGGCUAAUUUAACUGCAGCCAUCAAUUAAUAGGUGAAAUUACAAGGUACACCAUCUUUUAUCUAAAAAGGCAUUAUAUUUUAUCAGGAUUAAGCCAAAAUUUACAGUGGAUUCUCAUAAAUGAUUGAAUUUGUUAAUGAUGGAGUAAUCAAACAUUAGGAAGAAAUCUAUUAUGGACUGGAGAGUUUUGUUCAGGGUCUCAAAAGAGUCUUUCUUGGCCAAAACUUGGGCAAAAUCAUUAUUUAAUUGGAAUAAUAAAUUUAUCCUAAAGCGAAAUUAUGA